AUGGAGAAAGCCUUUGAUAGGAUAGAGUGGAGUUUCCUCAUUAAGGUUCUUAGACGCUUUGGGUUCACCGAUGACUUCAUUGACUUAAUCGAUGCAUGUGUUAGGGAGAAUCAUUUCUCUUUAUUGGUGAAUGGUAGCUCCACACCAUUCUUCACGGCCACGAGAGGUCUACGACAGGGCGAUCUACUAUCACCCACCCUCUUCAUCUUGGUCGAAGAAGUCCUUAGUCGAUCCCUCACUCGAGCGAUCAAUCAGGGACUUAUCCGACCAUACUACUCGAAGAGGGGUUGUCCGAUCAUCUCACACUCCCUCUUUGCUGAUGAUGCGAUACUCUUCCUCAAUGGAUGUGAGACAUCUAUUAGAGGGCUCAUGAGUAUUAUCUCGAGGUAUGAGCGAGCUGCAGGUCAACUCGUAAAUGCCUCGAAGAGUAGCUUCACGGUAGGCCCUUCUACCCCCAUAGGAACCAUACGACGCAUCCAGGGCUUAACAAGGUUCUCUCGUGGACACUUACCUUUUGACUAUCUAGGAUGUCCUAUCUUCCUCGGCCGUAGGCGCAUACACUAUUUUGACGCCCUAGUGGGCAAGUUGAGGAAGAAACUAGUGGGAUGGAAGUUACAGCUUCUAUCCCCUGGAGGACGGAUCCAGUUGAUACGCCAUGUCCUCAUGAGCAUGCCAUUACACCUUUUGGCAGUCCAUGAGGUACCAGACACCAUCUUACAAACUAUUAGACGGAUAUGCACGUCCUUCCUUUGGGAUGGACAACUUGAAGGACCUCGUCGCCAACGCCGAGUUUCUUGGGAGAAAGCAUGUCGACCUACGGAUGAGGGUGGCCUAGGUAUUAGGCGCCCUCAAGAUGUACUCAACAUGCUUCAAAAGAAGCUCGUUUGGAGGAUGAGGACCACACCAUCAGUGCUAGGCUCUUUUGUGUUAGCCAAAUAUGGUGAGUGGGCUCGACAGCCGACCGACAUCAAAGGAGUCAAACGAUGGGUAGACUGCCAGCGACAUUGGUUGGAGAUGGUACCCCUUAUUCGUUGGCGAGUGGGGCGAGGCGCGAUCAGUGCCUGGUACGACACUUGGCUAGAGGACACACCAUUGGCCUGUUUUACCACUUUCACAUCCUCUUAG